GGGUUGCCAGAUUUGGCCGGAAAUCUGGACCAAUCUGGCAACACUGGCUGAGCCCUCAGUACUGAACAGAGCUGCUCGUGCCAACGCCCGGCUUUACACGGGGCUUUAACAGAGACACAAACGGACUGUGGUGUCUGAAAUCGAGUCGAACAACAGAGAGUCGAACAACAGAGAGAUGCAGACCAUCAAGUGUGUUGUUGUUGGGGAUGGAGCGGUGGGAAAAACAUGCCUAUUGAUCUCAUACACCACCAACAAAUUCCCCUCCGAAUAUGUGCCGACUGUUUUUGACAACUAUGCAGUAACUGUUAUGAUUGGGGGUGAACCGUACACCCUGGGUUUAUUUGAUACAGCAGGUCAGGAGGAUUACGACAGGUUAAGGCCUUUAAGCUACCCGCAGACUGAUGUCUUCCUAGUUUGUUUCUCGGUUGUUUCACCUUCUUCGUUUGAAAACGUAAAAGAAAAAUGGGUCCCUGAGAUAACUCACCACUGUCCCAAGACUCCCUUUCUGCUGGUGGGGACUCAGAUCGACCUGAGGGAUGACCCGUCCACCGUGGAGAAGCUCGCCAAGAACAAGCAGAAGCCCAUCACCCCGGAGACGGCGGAGAAGCUUGCUCGCGACCUCAAGGCCGUCAAAUACGUGGAGUGUUCCGCCCUGACGCAGCGGGGACUGAAGAACGUAUUUGAUGAGGCUAUCCUAGCUGCUUUAGAGCCCCCCGAAACUCAAAGAAAGAGAAAGUGCUGUCUUUUCUGAUGUCUUCCGCCCUGAGGUUGCCUCUUGAUUGUCUGCUGCUAGUUCAUUGUAUAACAAAUGUGUAUUUGCCACAAAAAACAACCCAAUGCUCUUUCAACCCCCUUGCCCCCGCUGCCUGUUCCUGUCUUGCUUUGGAUCGGCUUAUUCUGACUUCUAUUCUACUCUAGCUCGUGAAAGGUGCCAAUCUUUCCUUUUGCGUUAUAAACAUAAUAUGCGGUUAUUUUGACAUUUCGUUAUACUGUAAGUGUCCUACUGCUACUGUAUUACACACUUAAAUACAGUUGAGUGAGUAUCAUCGAGACCAUGCAUAACGUUUUUGAGUUUCAUUUUUUAUACCUGUCACUUUUCUUUUUGUACUUCAUCUGCCCCUCUCAUUACUAAUACUAUUUAUUUGUGAGGGGAAUCAUGUGGAAUUUAAAUAAAGGAACAUUUUGAUUGCCCUGUUUCAGGUGUAGUCGUAUGUUAAAUAAUAAAUAACCAUGUUGCCAAACUGUCCAUUUGCUCAGUAGCAAUGUUUUUUGAACUUGCGUGUUUUACUUCCACAGAAAGGAUUAAAGAAUGUGUUUGAUGAGGCCAUACUGGCCGCUCUGGAACCCCCUGAACCUAAGAAAAGACGUAAAUGUAUACUACUUUGAAAUCUCUCCGGGACUCUUCCACCUCCUAGCUUUCAAACCCAAAAUGAAAAAUGUUGAAAGAAAUUCCAGAGCAAAACCCUCAUUCUAAUACGUUUAUAGAUUGAGUUGCAAGUCCUGAUAUGUUGGGGACUAUAUUAUUACAUGAUUGUUUUUAUUUGAAGAUUCAAUACUGCGUUAUAUAUAUGAUAGACUUAACAGUUUUGUGAUCCAAACACUGGAUAGUAUUUACUGAGCUUAGUGUGUUCAACAUGAGGGCCGACGACAUGUUAACCGGUGCACAUUCACGGAGACUACACAACAGUGGAGACCCACUGUUAUGUAAAAAUGUGUUUACUCAAGAGCCGUCAUUACGCAAAUACCACACAUACAAAAAUGUUAAUGACAGUUUGCCUGCAGUGUAGGCUCUUGGCUCCUGUCUCACACCUUAUUUAUAACCAUGUUCUUUAUCCUCGUCAAGAAAGGCCCUCAUCACAUUCUAGUGCUCACUGCCACCAUUCAUCUAUCAAAAUUGUCAUGUGUGUUACAUUAUUUUUACAAUUAUGAAAUCCAACAUUGUAUCACUGUCCCAUUGUGUGAAAUGAUCAUACUAGAAAUACCAUAAUUUAAAAGAUGGCUCAAACUUAAAACUUACAAGAGUAGCACAUAUCUUGGUAACAUCAGAGCUGAUUAUAUUAACAUUGCUAAAUGUUGUUAAAUAUGAACUAUUUGAAAGUUUACACAUGAAUGGAAUAUAGUUCAUGUAUUAUUUGGCAUGGUAAUCGAUGUCAGAGAGAUAGCAGCCCUGAUAUCCAGUCAAAGGUGGCAUCAAAUCAUGGGAAGUGAAGCUUCAAACGAGUGAACAAAAAAUGUUUACCUUGCUGUACAUAUGACUGUUUGAUUUUUAUAUUGUAUCUAAAUGACUACUGUAAUCUGCUUGUGAACAACUGACCACAAUAAAACCAGUAUUACUUUAAACCCC